CUCUCUAGCAAAUUUUGAAAUGUUGAACUUGUUGUUCUGUGUGCACGUUUUUUAUUAUUGACAAGUUAGAACUUUGCAUAAAGAAAUGAGAGACUAACCACCAUGUAGAGCAUUUUGCACAAUAAUUUAAUGACAAACCACAAAAAUGAAACCGUUUUGUCCAACUGGAAUUCAUAUUGUACUAAUGGUAAGCUAUGUAGUAGCCUACACUAAUGAACACACUAACAGUAGCCCCAAUCAAACUUGAACCACAAUGGUGUAAUAUCAGAAAACUGUUUGAUUUGUGAAACAGCUGAAUUGUUGAAUCUCAACUGCUCCCCCAAAGGCCCAUCCUGAGCCAGGAACAACCCUGCAUUCUACCCACCAGUGGCUGACGUAACCCAGAGAAACCAAAAAUUAUGCCAGAGGCACACAAACAAACUCUUGCAACAUCAUUUUACAGCUCUACAGUUUAAUUAGGUUGAAUGUAAGUCUCUCUUUCUUUGGAGAACUUAAUGAGAUCCAUGGAGGGCGAAACAGCUUUAUAAAAACAUCCCUCAAACGUGAGCUGAUCACUUUCCAAUAUCUGUGUUUGGAAAACACAUGGUCAGGUACGUAUGACUGAAUAAAACAAUCUGAUGACUUCAUCAACUUUUGUUAUAGAAAAUAUUAAUGGAUAAUACAUUAAAUGCAACAUACAUAACUCUUGAUGGGUAUGUGGAAGUGCAGAAAUAUAGAUAUCUUUAUUUUGUGAUCAUGUUUACAGCAUAUGUUCUAAUAAUUUGCAGUAAUUCUUCUAUUGUGUGCAUCAUUGUGAUUUAUGAAUCCCUCCAUGAGCCUAUGUACAUUUUCAUUGCAGCUCUGUUACUGAACUCUCUUCUUUUCAGCACUGCUAUCUACCCAAAGCUUUUGAUUGACUUUUUAUCUGAAAAACAGAUCAUAUCAUAUCCAGCCUGUCUCUUUCAGUGGUGUAUAUAUUAUGCUCUAGCCACUUCAGAAUUUUAUCUCUUGGCAGCCAUGGCCUAUGACAGGUAUGUGUCUAUAUGUAAACCUCUGCAAUAUCAAACUAUCAUGAGGAAAUCAACUGUCACUAUUUUCUUGGUUUUAGCUUGGCUUGUGCCGGCUUGUCAGGUUGUGGUGCCAAUUGUACUAAAUGCUAAUAAAAAACUCUGU